GCUUGGUGUUCUUGGAAGGAUGAGCACACUGUCAUUAUGAGACCUUGGGUGUAGCACGGCUUACGUAAUGCUGUACUUGUGUUUUCUUUUGCUUGGGCUCAUUUUCACCCCAACUCCCCUUAAAGGUCAAUAUCAGGUAACAAGCUCGCGUCAACCAGUUGUUGCUGCUCAAGGUGAUGAUGUCAUCCUCCAGUGCCUCGUGGAGCCUCCAUUGGACAUGGUGGACAUGACUGUGGAGUGGUCAAGGCCUGACGCCAAACAUCGGCCAAAGGGAAUGGAGUACGUACAUCUUUACCGAGACAACCGUGAGGUUCUGGACAUGAAGAGCUCGUCGUACCACGGGAGGACGGCGUUGUUCGCAGGCGGCCUCAGACACGGCAACAUAUCCCUCAUCAUCACCAACGUCACGACUGCGGACGAAGGGACGUACAAAUGCUUUGUCCCAAAGCUACAUGGCAACACCAAAUCCUCAAUUGUUCACCUUAUUGUUGAUCAAAACUCUAAUCUCAAACCACCUAAAACCAUUACUUCAGAGACACGACUCCACCCCGAAGCAAAGAGGCAGAGUGUUCUGAACGCUGCAGGCAGCAGCUGUGUUUUCAGUGAGGAUGAGGAUGUUGAGCUUGAUGAUGGAUGUGUGAGAUGUUCUGCUGCCGUUUCCACCACAGCCAAUCAGACUGGAUGGAGCAGGUUCAUGUGAAGCAGCAGAAUCCUGCAGACAUACAAGUUUUCUUCCUGGAUGGAUCACCGGACAUUCAGCCCUUUUCUGGAACUCUGACAGAAAUGACUACUUAAUAGCACCAUCUGCUGGCCACUAUCUGUAAGCACAAGUCACUGACAGAAGAAGUCUGGUGGGAAUUUUGUUUUUUCUCACUGGGAUGUUGCAAACCUCAGAUGUUUUGCAUCUUCAGCUGAUUAACAUAUGAACACAAAUGUAAAAGUAUAACACUUCUGAUUAUUGCAGAGAUAUAACAUUAAUACACCUUUAGCAUUGUAAAGCUGCAAAAAUGUGAUCAUCAUCACAACAUAUAACAACAAAAAUCAAAUGUUAUGAGUCGAACUCUUGCAGAAUAAACCAACAGAGUUAUCCACAGCUUUUAUUAACCUGAGAACAAACUGGAGCUUCUGUUGCUGCUGGACUCCAGUUUCCUGUAAACAGAGAAAGUAUUUUUUUUACAAAUCAACCUGAUACUUCUGCUGGUGUAGUAUGUCAGAAAAUGUGUACUAGAAACAUGUGCUGCUUAAAACUGUAGUUAAUUCUGUGUUACUGACACCAGAUCAGGGAAUCUGAGCCAGUAUCAAGUGAUGCACAAACACAUGAAUCCUGUGCAAAUAAUAUCUGUGGAUCACAGAGGAAGCAAGUUGAUACAAAUGUUACUCUGGCAAGAGCUCAUUUAUUUUGACACACAUUUUCAAUUCAAGAAAAACAAACAAAUAAAAAAAAAUACAAUUACAAUACAAUUCAAAUUCAAUCAACAACAUCUGGAGUUUCCACAAAGAAAUAAAAUAAAACAAAAUGUACAAAUAAAAUAAUGUAAUAGCAAAAAAAUGAAAGUCUAAUCCUAAAUUAGCAAAACCAAACUGAAUAAAACAUUCAGUUUACAACACACAAUAAACACCAACGUUUGUCAGAUACAAAUAUUUUCUUAAAUACUAAUGUCUCUAGUUAUAACUGUCACAGUUAUCAAGGAGAUUAAAUUUGUCGCAUAAAAAUACAAAUUUAUGAGGAAAAAAAAAUACUAUACCGAACAUUACCCAGAUACCAACAUGGCAAUGGUGCCUAUAACAUUGACUAAUGAAGUAAUUUAAACAAAUCCAAAAUCACAAAGGCUCCAACAACAACAAUCUACAGACGGAGAUCAAAACCCAGUAAAAAUUUGUCCAAAUCACAAACAUAAGUUACACGAAACACUUUAAAACUACUCUCAAUAUAUUUAUAUAACAUUUUAAAGAAGCUGUUUUUAUGGCCUUAUAAGAGUUGUCUUUUAUCCUAUCUGUGGAUCAGAGGAAGCAAGUUGAUACAAAUGUUACUCUGGCAAGGGCUCCUUUAUUCUGAGCCGCGCAUGCGCAGAGCCAGGAAACUCGUUCUCCCUGUUAGACCCACAGCGGCAUGAGAGCGCCCCCACUGGCAAGAAGAUACAUGCACACAACAAACACGUCUAUAUACAUAAGAAGAAAAAAUAGAAAAAAACGAAGAUAAAAGACAAGACCAAUUCUGAUUCAAAAAUAAGGCGUGCAUUAUUAUUAUUAUUUUUUAAAACAGUUUCUCAACCAGCUACAUCUGCUUUAAAAAUGUAAAAUAAACCCACCGGACUAUAAAGACUUGAAAUGAAAGAUGAUAUUAUUUAUCCUAAACCAGAGUCCAAGACAGAAACUGGAGCCACAUUAUAGUUUAAUUAAAAAACAGCAUGUUAUCAUUGGCAGAAUAAGAAAGUUCUGUUACAGAAAAACAGACAGAU